GGCAGCGCGGAGUCGAGUCAUGGCCGACCCGCCGCCCCCUGCCGCCCCACAACCCCGUGGGGAGGGGGCUCUCUCCCCCUUAUCCGGGUCCUAUCUCCUCAUCGUAGUGGCCGAGCCACACGUGGAGCAACACAAGGAUACUAUUCUCAGCAGAAUCUCUAAAGGGUUCCUUUCUUGGGAUGAAGAAAAGGCGCACGUGGACAUCCACAAGGAACUCGCAACCAUCGCUGAACUUAACUUAGAAGGAGAAGAACAGAAAGGAGGAGAACGGCUGAUACAAUAUGCCACCGAGAAUCUGGUCGCAGAGGUGUUGAUCCACCCCCAGGUCAACACACUGCAGCAGUGCCUCAAGAACCUACUCUCCUCCUUCACCAAACAUAGACACAUCAUCCACGCUGGAUACGCCUUCACAGGCUCAGGCUCGUGGAUGCUCCAGGAUGGAACUUUCUCAGUGGCGGACCUCAUCGCUGCCUUCAGUGAAUAUGAAGUGCAGCGGGUCCUUCAUGCCUAUGAGAACUGUAUUACUAUUGACAUCCAUUGUGCUCCCGAGGGACACUGGUCGACACAUUUCCUUGCGAAGGAAUCAUUUAGCAAACUAUGUCGUGUGACAGUGAACCCGGACGACAAGAUUGAGAUCACCCCCGGAAUCUCAACUUUCGUCCUCUACCUGUCUCAAUUCCUCAGUAGUACAGCUAUCGAGGAUCUUCUCGAGCCUUCAGACAUUGUGGGUAACAUCCGCUUCUCUCGCCCCACUUUAUAUGUCUUCCCAGGUGGACAAGGCGACUCAGCUCUCUUCGGCGUCAAUGGAUUUAACAUGCUAGUGGAUGGCGGCUAUAAUUACAAGGCCUGUUUCUGGGACUUUACACGACAUCUUGAUCGUCUCGAUGCAGUCUUGAUCACAAGGCUUAACAGUUCUAAUCUUAUGGGCAUCACAAAUGUGAUUCGUAGAAAAGCAUUAAGUGCAGUGUAUCCACAGAUAGGACAUACAUUUUGCAAUGUUGCUGGUUCAUUAAAGUCUCCCGAUGGUGACAAAGACAGAGACCCAUUACUCAUUAAUGUCUGGGAUGAAGGUCAUUUAUUGCGAGAAAAUUUAAGACAAAUUAGUUUAAAACCUCACUUGUGUUUCCGUGACAAUGCCAUGGAACCAAUUAAUUUAUAUCAUAAAGUAGGACAUGGAAAACUUGAUAUGUAUGUGAUAAAUCCCUCUAGAGACAGUAAAGAAGUGCGAGAGUUUAUGCAAAGAUGGAACAAUGAAGUGAUUUCAUCUGACAUGGGCUCUACUAGCUACAAAAUUGGUGAUAAAAUCUUUCACUGUCCUUUAACAAACCUUACCUCCAUAUGUGCACUGUUGAUAUGGCAACCUAACGACCCAAGUGAUACAAUAACUAGAAUUCUUUUCCCUGGAAGUACUCCCCAACACAAAAUAUUUGAAGGCCUUGAAAGGUUACGCAAUUUAGAAUAUCUCAAAUAUCCAACUUGCUCAGCGAAGUCCAUUAAAGCAGCAGCUGAAGAACGCAAGAGCACGAAAACCAUGGAAAAGCUCUUAGCUGAUUCCAAGCCAACCAAAGCAGUCAGUCCAUCCCCACCAACACAUAGACUUAGAAGGGAAAGAAUUGACAGAUCGAUUAGUAGAGAAGAAAGAAGAAGGUUAAAGAUGGAACGCUCGGAAUAUCAAGAGAAAACUAUUCGUGAAUCUAAAAAGGAAAGAAAAGUUGAAAGAAAGGUAGAAAAGAAAUCAAUCAAACGGGAAAUCAAGAAAGAGAAAAUCGAAGAUAGAAAGGAAGAGAAAGUUACAACUGAGCUUGAAGAAACUAAAGAAAAAAUGAAUGGCCAUGACAUAAUCAUUGAUUCUUUGGAAUCUAUUGAAGACAAGAAAAUCAUUACCACAGAAGAGGUCACUAUAGCUAAAGAAGAUCUUAGAAUAACAGAAGAUGUUACUGAUCUGGCUGUUACCAAAGAACCUCCUAGUUUACCCAUACAUAUAGCUGAAGAAACAAUAGAACCAAAAAAGACCAUAGAACAAGAAGAAAUACCAAUCAAAGAAGUAGAAGUUAGACCAAUUGAAUUGGAGGCAAGAAUAGAAGCUAUGGAAAUAAUAGAAACUAAAGAACUACCAGAGCUUGAGUCACUGGAACUCAAAGAAGCCUCCCUAGUCUCUGCUGAAUCUGGUGUUGUAACUGGUGAAGAAAGAGAAUCCUCUCUCGAAAUUGAGCAGAUUAAAGAAAUCAAGGAAAAACCUAAGCUUAAGGAGAGGAAAAUAAAGGAAACCGGUGUUCCUGACAGACCCAAGAAAUAUCGGAAACCUAAAGUUGAAUCCCGCAUAGAUACAGGUGAUAGAAGAGCGAGGAUUGAAGACAAAACACGUGUUGAAAGAAAAAUCAAAGAAAGAAAAAGCCUUGAAAGAAAAGAACGAAAAGAACGCAAAGCAGAACCUGAAGAAAAGAAGGAAGGUGAACCCACUGAAAAGAAACCAGAGGUGAAAGAAAGAAAAAUCAGAAGAAUAAAGAAGACUGUUGACGAAGCAGGUACACCCAAAAAGCCACUGACACCCGAGAAGAAAAGACGGCUAAAGAAGGUUACUCCAGCAGAGAAGGAGGAGAAGGUGAAUGGUGAAGUUAAACACAUUAAACCCUCCGUUCCUAAAGUCCCUCGGGUUGAAAGAAGAAUAGUUCCUAAGACUACCCCAACUGCAGCUCGCGAGAUAACGCACAAGAAACUAGUUGAUGACAGGAACAGAGCGGCAAAGGCUGCUGAGGCGGCGAAGAAGGAGUUGAAACAACCAUCAGUGCCAAGGGCUGCGGCAAGACAGGCAGCACCUAGCAGACCUCUUAAGGCAAGAAAGAUCGAGAAACCACCAGCACCAAAACCCGACGGACCAAUGAAAAAGAUCAUCACCGGAGCAGCUGUGAAAGCAGGAGUCAUGGCCGCGGCUGUAUCAGGCGUGGCUGUGGUGGAAGCAGCUGCUGACCGCGAAGAUGUAGAGGAGAUUGUGGCUCCUAUGAAAGAAGCCGAAGAUCUCAUGCUGGUUCCUGACCAAGAUGAAGAGGACCGCAUCUCUGACAUUGCUAACAUUCCAGGUGUACAGGAAAUCAAAUUAGACGAAGACACUUUGCAGAUUAUAGAUAAAAAUCAGCUUGAAGAGGAAGAAAAAGAUUCUCUAAUUUUGCAUGAAGAAGGAGUUGUUGAACAUGUCGAGAAGGAAGAUGUAAUUGAGGAAGUGGAAGAGCACAUAGAAGCUGAAAAGGAAAUUGAAGAGGAGGAGGAGGAAGAGGAAGAGGAAGAAGAGGAAGAAGAGGAAGAGGAGGAGGAAGAAGAAGAAGAGAUAGAAGAAAAAGAAAUAGAGGAAGAUAUUGAAAAGGCAGAAAAAUUAAGAGAAGAAAUAAAAGCAUACGAAGACGAGGAAGUACUUGAAGAUGAAGAGAAAAUAAGCAUCGAAGAAAAAGAAGAUGAAGCAGAAAAGAUGAAGAAAGAAGACAAGAUCACCCUUCCUGAAGCCAAAGCUGAAGAUAUUGCAAAACUUGAAGAAAAACAUGAAGCAGAAGAUAUAUACGAGAAGAUCGAAACCGAAGACGUAUACGCAACCUUACCCAGUAGUGCAAAGCUCACAGAGUACAAAGAAAAAUAUGAAGAGAAACCAAUUAGAGGCUUAUUCACUGGGUUUGCUAUUCCUGCCGCUGAACCUAAGGAGGUGGAAGCAGUACCAAAGGAACCAAGUCCUAAGGCCAGAGAAGACACGAUGAUUCCAACAUCCUUCCCUGAAGCAAUAUUCAAGCCUGCCCCACCAGUUCAUCCAAGAGAUAUAAUCAAAACACCAGAUGAGGUGGAUGACCUUCCAAUACACGAGGAGGUGGAAUCCAUCGAACAUGAUCUCUAUGAGAAGGAAAUCGAAGUUGAAAAACGAUCUGUUGAAGAUCUCGACCUUGGUUCUCCUGUUCUAGAAGUUAAGGGAGAAUUACAAAUUAGAGAAGAAAUGGGAAUUGAGAAACACGAAAAAGAGCUGGAAAAGGAAGUUUCCAAGGAAAGCGAGGUGGAAGAAGAGCUUGAAGAGGAAGAAAUCUCUAAAGAGGAAAAAUUAUCUAAGUCUUUAGAAGACUUUGAGGCAAAAUACGAAGAAUUUAGAACUACUGCCGUCACAGAAGUAAUUGAAAAAGGCGUGAUAGUAACUGAUACAACAGAUAUUACCACGAAAUUAGACAAAGCUGAGCUUCUUAAAGACAUUGCAAUCACUCUUGGAGAGAGAGAAGAGCCAGUCAAAGCAAAGCUUCCAGAGCCUGAAAUUGGUGAAAAGGAAGAAGUUCAUGAAGAACCAAUUGUCAAACACGAGAAACCAAAGAAAGUAACACCAACGUACGAAGAACUUGAACCUGAGAAAGUUCCUGAAAAGGAAAAACGGGAUAAAGAAGAAAAAGAAAUUGAUGAGCUAGAAUAUGAAGACAAAGAAUUGCUAGAAGUUAAAGAAAAGGAAAUUACAGAAAUGAUGGAAAAAGAUCAGGUUUAUAAAGCUGAAAUAGAGGAAAAGACAGUUGAAGAAGUCAAAGAAGUUACAGAAGAGGAAGUCAAACGAACUGAAUUCCUUCAAGAAAUAGAAGCAAUAAUAAGAUUAGGUUCAACAACAGAACAAAUUAUUGAGUACAUAGAAAUACAAGAAAGAAGAAGAGGAAAAAUAUUAGGAUGGAGAACAGAAGAAAUAAUUGAAUAUAUUGAGACCCAAGAAAAAAGAUUAAAGGAAGUUGAAGAAGAAGAGAAGGUUAUUGAAAAAGAAGUUGAGAUAGUUGAAGUUACAAAAGAAGUAGAAGAAGUUAUCAAGAAAGAAGAAGUAAAGAAAAUAGAAGAAGUGCCUGAAAAGAUCAAAGAAAUAACUGAAGAAAUCCCCGAAAAAGAAGUUCCAAAGAAGGAUAUUGUAAAAGAAGAAGUCACAGUUGAAGAUGUCGCCCGAACUGACUUCCUCAAAGAAAUACAAGAAAAAAUUAGACUAGGCUCAACAAGAGAAGAAAUUAUUGAAUACAUUGUAAUACAAGAAAGAAAACGAGGUAAAAUAUUAGGCUGGAGAACAGAAGAAAUAAUUGAAUAUAUUGAGACACAAGAGAGAAGAAUAAAGGAAGUUGAAGAAGUUACUGAAGAAUUAGAAGUAAAGAAAGUAGAAGAGAUUGCUAAGAAAGAAGAAGUAAAGGAAGUAGAAGAGAUUCCUAAGAAAGAAGAAGUAAAGAAGAUGGAAGUGCCUGAAAAGGUAACAGAAGUUACAAAAGUAAUCCCUGACAAAGUACCUGAAAAAGAAGUCAUAGUUGAGGAUGUCAAACGAACUGAAUUCCUCGAAGAAAUAGAAGAAAAAAUACGACUAGGCUCAACAAGAGAAGAAAUAAUUGAAUACAUUGUUAUUCAAGAAAGAAGAAGAGGACAAAUAUUAGGAUGGACGACAAACGAAAUUAUUGAAUAUAUUGAGACACAAGAAAGAAUAUUAAUGGAAGCUGAAGAAAAGGUUGAAGAAGAGAAGGUAAUUAUAGAGAAAGAAGCAGAAAAAGUAGAAGUUACAAAAGAAGUAGAAGUCAAAGAAGUAGAAGUUGUCAAGGAAGAAGAGAUAAUGAAAGAAGAAGUGCCUGAAAAGAUCAAAGAAAUAACUGAAGAAAUCCCCGAAAAAGAAGUUCCAAAGAAGGAUAUUGUAAAAGAAGAAGUCACAGUUGAAGAUGUCGCCCGAACUGACUUCCUCAAAGAAAUACAAGAAAAAAUUAGACUAGGCUCAACAAGAGAAGAAAUUAUUGAAUACAUUGUAAUACAAGAAAGAAAACGAGGUAAAAUAUUAGGCUGGAGAACAGAAGAAAUAAUUGAAUAUAUUGAGACACAAGAGAGAAGAAUAAAGGAAGUUGAAGAAGUUACUGAAGAAUUAGAAGUAAAGAAAGUAGAAGAGAUUGCUAAGAAAGAAGAAGUAAAGGAAGUAGAAGAGAUUCCUAAGAAAGAAGAAGUAAAGAAGAUGGAAGUGCCUGAAAAGGUAACAGAAGUUACAAAAGUAAUCCCUGACAAAGUACCUGAAAAAGAAGUCAUAGUUGAGGAUGUCAAACGAACUGAAUUCCUCGAAGAAUUACAAGAAAAAAUAAGACUAGGCUUAACAAGAGAAGAAAUAAUUGAAUACAUUGUUAUUCAAGAAAGAAGAAGAGGACAAAUAUUAGGAUGGACGACAAACGAAAUUAUUGAAUAUAUUGAGACACAAGAAAGAAGAAUAAAGGAAGUUGAAGAAGUUAAAGAAGAGGAAGAAAUUGUUGAAAAAGAAGUAGAGAAAGUUGAAGUCACCAAAGAAGAAGUAAAAGAAGAGAAGGUAAUUACUGAAAAGGAAGUAGAAAAAGUUGAAGUCACUAAAGAAGAAGUUGAAGUAAAAGAAGUUGAGAAAGUUAUCGAGGUAGAAGAGGUGCAGAAAGAAGAAGUGACUGAAAAGGUAACAGAAAUUAAAGAAGUUAUCCCUGAAAAAGAAGUACCCGAAAAAGAAGUACCAGAAAUUAAAGAAGUUAGCCCCCAAAAAGAAGUACCAGAAAAAGAAGUACCUGAAAAAGAGAUACCAGAAAAAGAAGUACCAGAAAAAGUAACAGAAAAAGCAGUACCAGAAAAAGCAGUGCCAGAAAAAGUACCAGAAAAAGAAGUGCCAGAAAAAGAAGUGCCAGAAAAAAUACCAGAAAAAGAAGUGCCAGAAAAAGAAGUACCAGAAAAAGAAGUAUUAGAAAAAGUACCAGAAAAAGAAGUGCCAGAAAAAGUACCAGAAAAAGAAGUGCCAGAAAAAAUACCAGAAAAGGAGGUACCAGAAAAAGAAGUGCCAAAGAAAGAAGUAUCAGAAAAGAUACUAGAAAAAGAAGUACCAGAAAAAGAAGUGCCUGAAAAAGAAGUACCAGAAAAAGAAGUACCUGAAAAAGAGAUACCAGAAAAAGAAGUACCUGAAAAGGAAGUACCAGAAAAAAUACCAGAAAAAGAAGUAUUAGAAAAAGCACCAGAAAAAGAAGUGCCAGUAAAAGUACUAGAAAAAGAAGUACCAGAAGAAAAAGAAGUGCCAGAAAAAGAAGUGCCAGAAAGAAUACCAGAAAAAGAAGUGCCAGAAAGAAUACCAGAAAAAGAAGUGCCAGAGAAAGAAGUACCAGAAAAGGUAUUAGAAAAAGAAGCACCAGAAAAAGAAGUACCAGAAAAAGAAGUACCAGUAAAGGUACUAGAAAAAGAAGUGCCAGAAAAAGAAGUACCUGAAAAAGAAGUACCAGAGAAAGAAGUACCAGAAAAGGUACUAGAAAAAGAAGUACCAGAAAAAGAAGUACCAGAAAAAGAAGUACCAGAAAAAGAAGUACCUGAAAAGGAAGUACCAGAAAAAAUACCAGAAAAAGAAGUAUUAGAAAAAGCACCAGAAAAAGAAGUGCCAGUAAAAGUACUAGAAAAAGAAGUACCAGAAGAAAAAGAAGUGCCAGAAAAAGAAGUGCCAGAAAGAAUACCAGAAAAAGAAGUGCCAGAAAGAAUACCAGAAAAAGAAGUGCCAGAGAAAGAAGUACCAGAAAAGGUAUUAGAAAAAGAAGCACCAGAAAAAGAAGUACCAGAAAAAGAAGUACCAGUAAAGGUACUAGAAAAAGAAGUGCCAGAAAAAGAAGUACCUGAAAAAGAAGUACCAGAGAAAGAAGUACCAGAAAAGGUACUAGAAAAAGAAGUACCAGAAAAAGAAGUACCUGAAAAAGAAGUACCAGAAAAAGAAGUAUUAGAAAAAGUCCCUGAAAAAGAAGUACCAGUAAAGGUACUAGAAAAAGAAGUACCAGUAAAGGUACUAGAAAAAGAAGUACCAGUAAAGGUACUAGAAAAAGAAGUACCAGUAAAGGUACUAGAAAAAGAAGUACCAGAAAAAGAAGUGCCAGAAAAAAUACCAGAAAAAGAAGUAUUAGAAAAAGUACCUGAAAAAGAAGUACCAGUAAAGGUACUAGAAAAAGAAGUACCAGAAAAAGAAGUACCAGAAAAAGAAGUACCAGAAAAAGAAGUACCAGAAAAAGAAGUACCAAAAGAAGUACCAGAAAAAGAAGUACCAGAAAAAGAAGUACCAGGAAAAGAAGUACCAGAAAAAGAAGUGCCAGAAAAAAUACCAGAAAAAGAAGUUGCAGUUGAGGAAACGAGACAAACAGAAUUCCUUACAGAAGUAUGUGAAAGAAUACAGUUAGGAUGGACAAGGGAAGAAAUAAUUGAAUACAUUGAAAUCCAGGAAAGUAGAAGAGGUAAAAUACUAGGAUGGACAAGAGAAGAAAUUAUUGAAUACGUUGAAGUACAAGAAAGAAGACAAAGGGUGGAAGAGGAAGUCUCUGAAGAAGAAAAAGAAAUUUCUGAAAGAGAAAUUGAAGAAAUUGAGGUUUCCAAAGAAGUAGAAGAAAAAGUAGAAGAAAUUACCAUGAUAGAAGAGGUGAAGAAAGUAGAAGUUCCCAAAGAGAUAAAAGAAAUUAAAGAAGAAAUUCCCGAAAAAGAAAUACCCAAAGAAGACAUUGUUAAAGAAGAAUUAAUUGUUGAAGAUGUCAAACGAACAGAAAUCCUUCACGAAAUUGUUGAGAGAAUAAGACUAGGAUGGACAAGAGAAGAAAUUAUUGAAUACAUUGAAAUUCAAGAAAGCAGAAGAGGAAAAAUAUUAGGAUGGAGAACAGAAGAAAUAAUCGAAUAUAUUGAGACACAAGAAAGAAUAUUAAUGGAAGCUGAAGAAAAGGUUGAAGAAGAGAAGGUAAUUAUUGAGAAAGAAGCAGAAAAAGUAGAAGUUACAAAAGAAGUAGAAGUCAAAGAAGUAGAAGAAGUUGUCAAGGAAGAAGAGAUAAAGAAAGUAGAAGUGCCUGAAAAGAUCAAAGAAAUAACUGAAGAAAUCCCCGUAAAAGAAGUUCCAAAGAAGGAUAUUGUAAAAGAAGAAGUCACAGUUGAAGAUGUCGCACGAACUGACUUCCUCAAAGAAAUACAAGAAAAAAUAAGACUAGGCUCAACAAGAGAAGAAAUUAUUGAAUACAUUGUAAUACAAGAAAGAAAACGAGGUAAAAUACUAGGCUGGAGAACAGAAGAAAUAAUUGAAUAUAUUGAGACACAAGAGAGAAGAAUAAAGGAAGUUGAAGAAGUUACUGAAGAAUUAGAAGUAAAGAAAGUAGAAGAGAUUGCUAAGAAAGAAGAAGUAAAGGAAGUAGAAGAGAUUCCCAAGAAAGAAGAAGUAAAGAAGAUAGAAGUGCCUGAAAAGGUAACAGAAGUUACAAAAUUAAUCCCUGACAAAGUACCUGAAAAAGAAGUCAUAGUUGAGGAUGUCAAACGAACUGAAUUCCUCGAAGAAUUACAAGAAAAAAUAAGACUAGGCUUAACAAGAGAAGAAAUAAUUGAAUACAUUGUUAUUCAAGAAAGAAGAAGAGGACAAAUAUUAGGAUGGACGACAAACGAAAUUAUUGAAUAUAUUGAGACACAAGAAAGAAGAAUAAAGGAAGUUGAAGUAGAAGAAGUUAAAGAAGAAGAAGAGAAACCAACUGAGUUAGAAGUAAAGAAAGAAGUUACACCAGAAAAAGAAGUAAAGAAAGAAAUUACACCAGAAGAAAAAGAAGCUGUACCAGAAAUAAAGAAGGAAAUUACACCAAAAAAGAAGCAGAAGUUAAUAGAGGAAAAAGAAGUAAUUAAAGAAGUUAUUUUAGAAAAAGAAGUUACACCAAAAGAAAAAGAAGUUAUACCAAAAGUAAAAGAAGUAAAGAAAGAAGUAACACCAGAAAAAGAAGAAGUUAUUCCAGAAGUAAAGAAAGAAGUUACACCAGAAAAAGAAGAAGUUAUACCAGAAGUUAAAGAAGUAAAGAAGGAAGUUACACCAGAAAAAGAAGUAGAAAUUAUACCGGAAGUCAAAGAAGUUACAGCAGAAAAAGAAGUUAUUCCAGAAGUUAAAGAAGUAAAGAAAGAAGUUACACCAGAAAAAGAAGUUAUUCCAGAAGUUAAAGAAGUAAAGAAAGAAGUUACAGCAGAAAAAGAAGUUAUUCCAGAAAUUAAAGAAGUAAAGAAAGAAGUUUCACCAGAAAAAGAAGCAGAAGUUGUACCAGAGGUUAAAGAAAUAAAGAAAGAAGUUACACCAGAAAAAGAAGUCAUUCCAGAAGUUAAAGAAGUAAAGAAAGAAGUUACACCAGAAAAAGAAAUUAUACCAGAAGUAAAGAAAGAAGUUACACCAGAAAAAGAAAUUAUACCAGAAGUUAAAGAAGUAAAGAAAGAAGUUACACCAGAAAAAGAAGUUAUUCCAGAAAUUAAAGAAAUAAAGAAAGAAGUUACACCAGAAAAAGAAGUUAUUCCAGAAAUUAAAGAAAUAAAGAAAGAAGUUACACCAGAAAAAGAAGUUAUUCCAGAAGUUAAAGAAGUAAAGAAAGAAGUUACACCAGAAAAAGAAGUUAUUCCAGAAAUUAAAGAAAUAAAGAAAGAAGUUACACCAGAAAAAGAAGCAGAAGUUGUACCAGAGGUUAAAGAAAUAAAGAAAGAAGUUACACCAGAAAAAGAAGUAGAAGUUAUUCCUGAAGUAAAGAAAGAAGUUACACCAGAAAAAGAAGUAGAAGUUAUACCUGAAGUCAAAGAAGUAAAGAAGGAAAUUACACCAGAAAAAGAAGUUAUUCCAGAAGUCAAGGAAGUAAAGAAAGAAGUUACACCAGAAAAAGAAGUUAUACCAGAAGUUAAAGAAGUAAAGGAAGAAGUUACACCAGAAAAAGAAGUUAUACCAGAAGUUAAAGAAGUAAAGAAAGAAGUUACACCAGAAAAAGAAGUUAUACCAGAAGUUAAAGAAGUAAAGGAAGAAGUUACACCAGAAAAAGAAGUUAUACCAGAAGUUAAAGAAGUAAAAGAAGAAGUUACACCAGAAAAACAAGUUAUACCAGAAGUUAAAGAAGUAAAGAAAGAAGUUACACCAGAAAAAGAAGCAGAAGUUGUACCAGAGGUUAAAGAAAUAAAGAAAGAAGUUUCACCAGAAAAAGAAGUUAUACCAGAAGUAAAGAAAGAAGUUACACCAGAAAAAGAAGUAGAAGUUAUUCCUGAAGUAAAGAAAGAAGUUACACCAGAAAAAGAAGUAGAAAUUGUACCUGAAGUCAAAGAGGUAAAGAAGGAAAUUACACCAGAAAAAGAAGUUAUUCCAAAAGUUAAAGAAGUAAAGAAAGAAGUUACACCAGAAAAAGAAGUUAUACCAGAAGUUAAAGAAGUAAAGGAAGAAGUUACAACUGAAAAAGAAGUUAUACCAGAAGUUAAAGAAGUAAAGAAAGAAGUUACACCAGAAAAAGAAGCAGAAGUUGUACCAGAGGUUAAAGAAAUAAAGAAAGAAGUUACACCAGAAAAAGAAGUUAUACCAGAAGUUAAAGAAGUAUUGAAAGAAGUUACACCAGAAAAAGAAGUUAUACCAGAAGUUAAAGAAGUAAAGGAAGAAGUUACACCAGAAAAAGAAGUUAUACCAGAAGUUAAAGAAGUAAAAGAAGAAGUUACACCAGAAAAAGAAGUUAUACCAGAAGUUAAAGAAGUAAAGAAAGAAGUUACACCAGAAAAAGAAGCAGAAGUUGUACCAGAGGUUAAAGAAAUAAAGAAAGAAGUUUCACCAGAAAAAGAAGUUAUACCAGAAGUAAAGAAAGAAGUUACACCAGAAAAAGAAGUAGAAGUUAUUCCUGAAGUAAAGAAAGAAGUUACACCAGAAAAACAACUUAUUCCAGAUGUUAAAGAAAUAAAGAAAGAAGUUACGCCAGAAAAAGAAGUAGAAGUUACUCCUGAGGUAAAGAAAGAAGUUACACCAGAAAAAGAAGUAGAAGUUACUCCUGAAGUAAAGAAAGAAGUUACACCAGAAAAAGAAGUAGAAGUUAUACCUGAAGUUAAAGAAGUAAUUGAAGAAGUUAUUCCAGAAGUUAAAGAAGUACCGAAAGAAGUUACACCAGAAAAAGAAGCAGAAAUUAUGCCAGAAGUUAAAGAAAUAAAGAAAGAAGUUACACCAGAAGAAAUAGUGGUACCAGAAGUAAAGGAAGAAGUUACACCAGAAAAAGAAGUUAUGCCAGAAGUAAAGAGAGAAAUUAGUCCAGAAAAAGAAGCUAUUCCAGAGGUUAAAGAAGUAAAGAAAGAAGUUACACCAGAAAAAGAAGUUAUACCAGAAGUUAAAGAAGUAAAGAAAGAAGUUACGCCAGAAAAAGAAGUUAUACCGGAAGUGAAGAAAGAAGUUACACCAGAAAAAGAAGUUAUACCAGAACAAGUAGUUGUACCAGAAGUUAAGAAAGAAGUUACACCAGAAAAAGAAGUUAUGCUAGAAUUAAAGGGAGAAGUUACUCUAGAAAAAGAAGCUAUUCCAGAAGUUAAAGAAGUAAAGAAAGAAGUUACACCAGAAAAAGAAGCAGAAGUUGUAACAGAAGUUAAAGAAAUGAAGAAAGAAGUUACACCAGAGAAAGAAGUUAUAUCUGAAGUAAAGAAAGAAGUUACACCAGAAAAAGAAGUAGAAGUUGUACCUGAAGUAAAGAAAGAAGUUACCACAGAAAAGAAGUAUCAGAAAAAGAAGUUACCAUCAGAAAAGAAAGAAGUUAUUCCGAAGUUAAAGAAAAGAAGGUUACACCAGAAAAAGAAGUUAUUCCAGAAGUUAAGAAUAAAGAAAGAAGUUACACCAGAGAAAGAAGUUAUUCCAGAAGUUAAAGAAAUAAAGAAAGAAGUUACACCAGAAAAAGAAGUAGAAGUUAUACCUGAAGUAAAGAAAGAAGUUACUCCAGAAAAAGAAGUAGAAGUUAUUCCUGAAGUAAAGAAAGAAGUUACUCCAGAAAAAGAAGUAGAAGUUAUACCUGAAGUUAAGAAAGAAGUUACACCAGAAAAAGAAGUAGAAGUUAUUCCUGAAGUAAAGAAAGAAGUUACUCCAGAAAAAGAAGUUAUUCCAGAAGUUAAAGAAAUAAAGAAAGAAGUUACACCAGAAAGAGAAGUUAUUCCAGAAGUUAAAGAAAUAAAGAAAGAAGUUACACUAGAAAAAGAAGUAGAAGUUAUACCUGAAGUAAUGAAAGAAGUUACCAUAGAAAAAGAAGUAGAAGUUAUUCCUGAAGUAAAGAAAGAAUUACCACAGAAAGAAGUUAUAGAAGUUACCAGAAUAAAGAAAGAAGUUACACCAGAAAAAGAAGUUAUUCCAGAAGUUAAAGAAAUAAAGAAAGAAGUUACACCAGAAAAAGAAGUUAUUCCAGAAGUUACAGAAAUAAAGAAAGAAGUUACACCAGAAAAAGAAGUAUUCCAGAAAAAAAGAAGAUUAGAAGUUAUUCGAAAUAAAGAAAGAAGUUACCCAGAAAAAGAAGUUAUUCCAGAAGUUAAAGAAAUAAAGAAAGAAGUUACACCAGAAAAAAGUUAUUCAGAAGUUACAGAAAUAAAGAAAGAAGUUACACCAGAAAAAGAAGUAGAAGUUAUACCUGAAGUAAAGAAAGAAGUUACCAUAGAAAAAGAAGUAGAAGUUAUUCCUGAAGUAAAGAAAGAAGUUACACCAGAAAAAGAAGUUAUUCCAGAAGUUAAAGAAAUAAAGAAAGAAGUUACACCAGAAAAAGAAGUUAUUCCAGAAGUUACAGAAAUAAAGAAAGAAGUUACACCAGAAAAAGAAGUUAUUCCAGAAGUUAAAGAAAUAAAGAAAGAAGUUACACCAGAAAAAGAAGUAGAAGUUAUACCUGAAGUAAAGAAAGAAGUUACUCCAGAAAAAGAAGUCGAAGUUAUUCCUGAAGUAAAGAAAGAAGUUACUCCAGAAAAAGAAGUAGAAGUUAUACCUGAAGUAAAGAAAGAAGUUACUCCAGAAAAAGAAGUCGAAGUUAUUCCUGAAGUAAAGAAAGAAGUUACACCUGAAAAAGAAGUUAUUCCAGAAGUUAAAGAAGUAAAGAAGAAGACACCAGAGAAAGAAAUUAUUCCAGAAGUUAAAGAAAUAAAGAAAGAAGUUACACCAGAAAAAGAAGUUAUUCCAGAAGUUAAAGAAGUAAAGAAAGAAGUUACACCAGAGAAAGAAGUUGUUCCAGAAGUUAAAGCAGUAAAGAAAGAAGUUACUCUAGAAAGAGAAGUAGAAGUUAUUCCUGAAGUAAAGAAAGAAGUUACUCCAGAAAAAGAAGUAGAAGUUAUACCUGAAGUUAAGAAAGAAGUUACACCAGAAAAAGAAGUAGAAGUUAUUCCUGAAGUAAAGAAAGAAGUUACUCCAGAAAAAGAAGUAGAAGUUAUUCCUGAAGUAAAGAAAGAAGUUACUCCAGAAAAAGAAGUAGAAGUUAUUCCUGAAAUAAAGACAGAAGUUACUCCAGAAAAAGAAGUAGAAGUUAUACCUGAAGUUAAGAAAGAAGUUACACCAGAAAAAGAAGUAGAAGUUACUCCUGAAGUAAAGAAAGAAGUUACUCUAGAAAAAGAAGAAGUUAUUAGUGAAGUAAAGAAAGAAGUUACCCCUGAAAAACAAGUAGAAGUUAUUCCUGAAGUAAAGAAAGAAGUUACACCAGAAAAAGAAGUUAUUCCAGAAGUUAAAGAAGUAAAGAAAGAAGUUACACCAGAGAAAGAAGUUAUUCCAGAAGUUAAAGAAAUAAAGAAAGAAGUUACACCAGAAAAAGAAGUAGAAGUUAUACCUGAAGUAAAGAAAGAAGUUACCCCAGAAAAAGAAACAGAAGUUAUUCCUGAAGUUAAGAAAGAAGUUACACCAGAAAAAGAAGUUAUUGCAGAAGUUAAAGAAGUAAAGAAAGAAGUUACACCAGAAAAAGAAGUUAUUUCAGAAGUUAAAGAAGUAAAGAAAGAAGUUACACCAGAAAAAGAAGUUAUUCCAGAAGUUAAAGAAGUAAAGAAAGAAGUUACACCUGAAAAAGAAGUAGAAGUUAUUCCUGAAGUAAAGAAAGAAGUUACACCAGAAAAAGAAGUUAUUCCAGAAGUUAAAGAAGUAAAGAAAGAAGUUACACCAGAAAAAGAAGUUAUUCCAGAAGUUAAAGAAGUAAAGAAAGAAGUUACACCAGAAAAAGAAGUUAUUCCAGAAGUUAAAGAAGUAAAGAAAGAAGUUACACCAGAAAAAGAAGUUAUUCCAGAAGUUAAAGAAGUAAAGAAAGAAGUUACACCAGAAAAAGAAGUAGAAGUUAUUCCUGAAGUAAAGAAAGAAGUUACUCCAGAAAAAGAAGUUAUUCCAGAAGUUAAAGAAGUAAAGAAAGAAGUUACACCAGAAAAAGAAGUUAUUCCAGAAGUUAAAGAAGUAAAAAAAGAAGUUACACCAGAAAAAGAAGUAGAAGUUACUCCUGAAGUAAAGAAAGAAGUUACUCCAGAAAAAGAAGUUAUUCCAGAAGUUAAAGAAGUAAAGAAAGAAGUUACACCAGAGAAAGAAGUUAUUCCAGAAGUUAAAGAAAUAAAGAAAGAAGUUACACCAGAAAAAGAAGUAGAAGUUAUUCCUGAAGUAAAGAAGGAAGUUACACCAGAAAAAGAAGUAGAAGUUAUUCCUGAAGUAAAGAAGGAAGUUACACCCGAAAAAGAAGUAGAAGUUAUACCUGAAGUAAAGAAAGAAGUUACUCCAGUAAAAGAAGUAGAAGUUAUUCCAGUAGUUAAAGAAGUAAAGAAGGAGGUUACACCAGAAAAAGAAGUAAAAGAAAUUACACCAGAUAAAGAAAUUAAAGAAGUUAAACCAGAAAAGGAAGUAAAGAAACUCGAAGAGCUUCCUAAAGAAGUUAAAGAAAUUACCGAGAAAGAAAUUCCCGACGAAGACAUCAUUAAAGAAGUCCCACCAUCAGAAGUGAAAAAAGAAGUGGAAUUAAAGAAGGAGGAGAUAAGAGAGAAGGAAGAAAUAGCUGAAGACAUCAGUAAGACAAUAAUAACAGAAACAGAGACACUUUUGAAACGAACAGAAAUAAUAGAAGAAAUUGUUGAAAGAAUAAGAUUAGGAUGGACAAGGGAGGAAAUAAUUGAAUACAUUGAAAUACAAGAAAAAAGAAGAGGAAAAAUAUUGGGCUGGACGAGAGAAGAAAUUAUUGAAUAUAUUGAAGCACAAGAAAGGGAAAUUGAAGAGAAACCUGAAGAAGAAAUUCCAAAAGAAGAAAAGGAAAUUUUUGAAAAGGAAAUAAAGAAGGUAGAAGUUACACCCGAAGAAAAAGAAGUAAAGGAAGUUACACCCGAACUAAAAGAGGAAAAGGAACUUGUAGUGGAAAUAAAAGAAGUCAAAGAGGAAGAAAUUCUCAAAGUAAAAGAGCCUAUUGAAAAAGAAGUCAAAGAAGUUGAAGUUCCCAAAGAAGAAAAAGAAGAAGUUGAAAAAGAAGUCAAAGAAGUGGAGGUGCCUAAAGAAGUAAAGGAAUCAGCAGAAAAAGAAGUAAAAGAAGUUGAAGUUCUUAAAGAAGUCAAAGAACCAGUUGAAAAAGAAAUUGAAGUACCUAAAGAGGAAAAAGAAGUUGAAGUUCCCAAAGAAGUUGAAGUCCAAGAAGUUGAAGUUCCCAAAGAAGUUGAAAUUCCCAAAGAAGAAAAGGAACCAGUUGAAAAGGAAGUCAAAGAAGUUGAAGUUCCCAAAGAAGUAAAGGAACAAGUUGAAAAAGAAGUUGAAGUUCCCAAAGAAGUUGAAAUUCCCAAAGAAGAAAAGGAACCAGUUGAAAAGGAAGUCAAAGAAGUUGAAGUUCCCCAAAAAGUUGAAAUUCCCAAAGAAGACAAAGAACCAGUUGAAAAGGAAGUCAAAGAAGUUGAAGUUCCCAAAGAAGUAAAAGAAGUUGAAGUUCCCAAAGAAGUAAAAGAAGUUGAAGUUCCCGAAAAAGUAAAAGAACCAGUUGAAAAGGAAGUCACAGAAGUUGAAGUUCUCAAAGAAGUAAAAGAAGUUGAAGUUCCCAAAGAAGUAAAAGAACAAGUUGAAAAAGAAGUCAAAGAAGUUGAAAUCCCAAAAGAAAUCAAAGAAGCUGAGCUUCCCAAAGAAGUUGAAAUUCCUAAAGAAGAAAAGGAACCAGUUAAAAAGGUAGUCAAAGAAGUUGAAGUUCCCAAAGAAGUUGAAGUUCCCAAAGAAGUUGAAAUUCCCAAAGAAGAAAAGAUACCAGUUGAAAAGGAAGUCAAAGAAGUUGAAGUUCCCAAAGAAGUUGAAGUUCCCAAAGAAGUUGAAAUUCCCAAAGAAGAAAAGAUACCAGUUGAAAAGGAAGUCAAAGAAGUUGAAGUUCCCAAAGAAGUAAAAGAAGUUGAAGUUCCCAAAGAAGUCGAAGUUCCCCAAAAAAAAGUCAAAGAAGUUGAAGUUCCCAAAGAAGUCAAAGAAGAUGAAGUUCCUAAAGAAGUAAAGGAACCAGUUGAAAAAGAAGUCAAAGAAGUAGAAGUUCCCAAAGAAGUCAAAGAAAUUGAAGUUCCCAAAGAAGUAAAGGUACCACUUGAAAAAGAAGUUAAAGAAGCUGAAGUUCCCAAAGAAGUUAAAGAGGUUGAGGUUCCCAAAGAAGUCAAAGAAGAUGAAGUUCCAAAAGAAGUAAAAGAAGUUGAACUUCCUGGAGAAGUAAAGGAACCAAUUGUAAAAGAAGUCAAGGAAGUAGAAGUUCCCAAAGAAGUAAAGGAACCAGUUGAAAAAGAAGUCAAAGAAGUUGAACUUACCAAAGAAGUCAAAGAAGCUGAAGUUUCUAAAGAAGUUGUAGUUCUCAAAGAAACCGAAGUUUCCAAAGAAAUCAAAGAAAUUGAAGUUCCAAAAGAAGUAAAGGAACCAGUUGUAAAAGAAAUCAAAGAAGUUGAAGUUCCUAAAGAAGUUGUACUUCCCAAAGAAGUUGACGUUCCCAAAGAAGUCAGAGAAGAUGAAGUUCCCAAAGAAGUUGCAGUUCCCAAAGAAGCUGCAGUUCCCAAAGAAGCUGCAGUUCCCAAAGAAGUCAAAGAAACUGAAGUUCCCAAACAAGAAGAGGAACCAACUGAAAAAGAAGUCAAAGAAAUAGAAGUUCCCAAACAAGUUCCGAAAGAAAUCAAAGAAGCUGAAAUUCCCAAAGAAGUAAAGGAACCAGUUGAAAAAGAAGUCAAAGAAGUGGAAGUUUCCAAAGAAGUAAAAGAAGUUGAAGUUCCCACAGAAGUAAAGGAAGUUCCAGUUCCAAAAGAAGUCGAAGUUACCAAAGUCGAAGAAGCUGAAGUUCUCAAAGAAGUCGAAGUUCCCAAAGAAGUAAAAGAAGAUGAAGUUCCCAAAGAAGUAAAAGAAGUCGAAGUUCCCAAAGAAGUAAAGGAACCUGUUGGAAAAGAAGUCAAAGAAGUUGAAGUUCCUAAAGAAGUUGCCAAAGAAGUCAAAGAUGUUGAAGUUCCCAAAGAAGCUGAAGUUCCCAAAGAAGUAAAGGAACCAACUAAAGAAGAAGUCAAAGAAGUUGAAGUUCUCAAAAAAGUAAAGGAACCAGUUGAAAAAGAAGUCAAAGAAAUUGAAGUUCUCAAAGAAGAAAAGGAACCAGUUGAAAAAGAAGUCAAAGAAGUUGAACUCCCCAAAGAAGCAAAGGAACCAGUUCAAAAAGAAGUUGAAGUUCCCAAAGAAAUAAAGGAGCCAGUUGAAAAAGAAAUUGAAGUUCCUGAAGAAGUUAAAGAACCAGUUGAAAAAGAAGUGAAAGUCGUAGAAGCUCCCAAAGAAGUUAAAGAAACAGUUGAAAAAGAAGUUGAAGUUCCCAAAGAACUAAAAGUGCUAGUUGAAAAAGAAGUCAAAGAAGAUGAAGCAGUCAAAGAAAUAAAGAAACCAGUUGAGAAAGAAGUCAAAGAAGUUGAAGUCACCAAAGAAGUCAAAGAAACUGUUGAAAAAGAAGUGAAAGAAGUUGAAGUUCAUAAAGAAGUUAGAGAACCUAUUGAAAUAUUGCCUAAAUCACCAAAAGAGGAAGAAUUAAAGGUAAUUGUAACCGAGGAAUUAAUAGAAAAAGUGGAAAUUGCUAAGGAUGAUAGUAAAACAUUGAUUGCUGAAACAGAGAAACUCAUAAAGCGAACAGAAAUUAUUGAAGAAAUUGAAGAAAGAAUACGAUUAGGUUGGACAAUGGAGGAAAUAAUUGAAUAUAUUGAAAUUCAAGAAAGCAGAAGAGGAAAGAUAUUAGGAUGGACCAGAGAAGAAAUCAUUGAAUAUAUUGUAAUAAAAGAAAGAGAAUUUGCUGAAGAAGAAAUCAAGAAAGCAGAUGAGUUAAAGACAGAGGAAAUGGGCAAAAUUACCCGAGAAAUCACCGAGAGAGUUCUUGAACCUGAGGUUCUCAAAUACAAAUUACCCACCAGAGAGAGAGAAACAGAUGAACUGGAAGAGGAGACAGUAGAGGUCACUAAGACUCUGGUAACAGAAAUUGAGACACUUGUCAAACGUACAGAAAUUAUUGAAGAAAUUGAAGAAAGGAUUCGACUAGGGUGGACAAGAGAGGAGAUAAUUGAAUACAUUGAAAUUCAAGAAAGUAGAAGAGGAAGAAUCCUGGGAUGGACGAGAGAAGAAAUUAUUGAAUACAUUGUAACAUACGAAAGGAAAUUGAAAGAGGAAGAGAAAGUGAGAGAGGAAGAGGAGAAAGUGACCGAGAAAGAAGUAAAGGUACUAGAAGUUACACCAGAAGACAAAGAAGUAAAAGAAGUUACUCCAGAAGCAAAAGAAGUUACUCCAGAAGUAAAGGAAGUUACUCCAGAAGUAAAAGAAGUUACUCCAGAAGUAAAAGAAGUUACUCCAGAAGUAAAAGAAGUUACUCUAGAAGUAAAAGAAGUUACUCCAGAAGUAAAAGAAGUUACUCCAAAAGUAAAAGAAGUGAAGGCAGUUACACCAGAAGAAAAAGAAGUAAAGGAAGAAGUCACACCAGAAAAAGAAGAUGAGAAAAUGAGACCUACACCAGAAGAAAAAGAAAAACUGAAAUUAAAGAUUACGCCAGAAAAAGAAGUAAAGGAAGAAGUUACACCUGAGAAAGAAGUACCCAAAGAAGUUACACCAGAAAAAGUAGUGAAAGAAGUUACACCAGUAAAAGAAGAGGCCAAAGAAGUUACACCAGAAAAAGAAGUAGCCAAAGAAGUUACACCAGAAAAGGAAGUUGUGAAAGAAGUUACACCAGAAAAAGAAAUAGUGAAAGAAGUAACACCUGAAAAAGAAGUUGUGAAAGAAGUAACACCUGAAAAAGAAGUUGUGAAAGAAGUAACACCUGAAAAAGAAGUAGCCAAAGAAGUUACACCAGAAAAAGAAGUUGUUAAAGAAGUUACACCAGAAAAAGAAGUAGCCAAAGAAGUUACACCAGAAAAAGAAGUAGCCAAAGAAGUUUCUCCAGAAAAAGAAGUUGUGAAAGAAGUUACACCAGAAAAAGAAGUAGCCAAAGAAGUUACACCAGAAAAAGAAGUAGCCAAAGAAGUUUCUCCAGAAAAAGAAGUUGUGAAAGAAGUUACACCAGAAAAAGAAGUAGCCAAAGAAGUUACACCAGAAAAAGAAGUAGCCAAAGAAGUUUCUCCAGAAAAAGAAGUUGUGAAAGAAGUUACACCAGAAAAAGAAGUAAUCAAAGAAGUUGCACCAGAAAAAGAAGUUGUGAAAGAAGUUACACCAGAAAAAGAAGUUGUGAAAGAAGUUACACCAGAAAAAGAAGUUGUGAAAGAAGUUACACCAGAAAAAGAAGUUGUGAAAGAAAUUACACAAGAAAAACAAGUUGUGAAAGAAGUUACACCAGAAAAAGAAGUUGCGAAAGAAGUUACACCAGAAAAAGAAGUUAUGAAAGAAGUUACACCAGAAAAGGAAGUUGCGAAAGAAGUUACACCAGAAAAAGAAGUUGUGAAAGAAGUUUCCCCAGAAAAAGAAGUAGCCAAAGAAGUUACACCAGAAAAAGAAGUUGUGAAAGAAGUUACACCAGAAAAAGAAGUUGUGAAAGAAGUUUCCCCAGAAAAAGAAGUAGCCAAAGAAGUUACACCGGAAAAAGAAGUUGUGAAAGAAGUUACACCAGAAAAAGUUAAAGAAGUUACACCAGAAGAAGAAGUUGUGAAAGAAGUUACACCAGAAAAAGAAGUAGCCAAAGAAGUUUCCCCAGAAAAAGAAGUAGCCAAAGAAGUUACACCAGAAAAAGAAGUUGUGAAAGAAGUUUCCCCAGAAAAAGAAGUAGCCAAAGAAGUUUCCCCAGAAAAAGAAGUAGCCAAAGAAGUUACACCAGAAAAAGAAGUUGUGAAAGAAGUUUCCCCAGAAAAAGAAGUAGCCAAAGAAGUUACACCAGAAAAAGAAGUAGCCAAAGAAGUUACUCCAGAAAAAGAAGUUGUGAAAGAAAUUACACCAAAAAAAGAAGUUGUGAAAGAAGUUACACCAGAAAAAGAAGUUGUGAAAGAAGUUACACCAGAAAAAGAAGUUAUGAAAGAAGUUACACCAGAAAAAGAAGUUGUGAAAGAAGUUACACCAGAAAAGGAAGUUGUGAAAGAAGUAACACCUGAAAAAGUUGUGAAAGAAGUUACACCAGAAAAAGAAGUUGUGAAAGAAGUUUCCCCAGAAAAAGAAGUAGCCAAAGAAGUUUCCCCAGAAAAAGAAGUAACCAAAGAAGUUACACCAGAAAAAGAAGUUGUGAAAGAAGUUACACCAGAAAAAGAAGUUGUGAAAGAAGUUUCCCCAGAAAAAGAAGUAGCCAAAGAAGUUACACCAGAAAAAGAUGUUGUGAAAGAAAUUACACCAGAAAAAGAAGUUGUGAAAGAAGUUACACCAGAAAAAGAAGUUGUGAAAGAAGUUACACCAGAAAAAGUAGCCAAAGAAGUUACACCAGAAAAAGAAGUAGCCAAAGAAGUUACUCCAGAAAAAGAAGUAGCCAAAGAAGUUACUCCAGAAAAAGAAGUUGUGAAAGAAGUUACACCUGAAAAAGAAGUUGUAAAAGAAGUUACACCAGAAAAAGAAGUAGCUAAAGAAGUUACUCCAGAAAAAGAAGUUGUGAAAGAAGUUACACCUGAAAAAGAAGUUGUAAAAGAAGUUACACCAGAAAAAGAAGUAGCCAAAGAAGUUACUCCAGAAAAAGAAGUUGUGAAAGAAGUUACACCUGAAAAAGAAGUUGUAAAAGAAGUUACACCAGAAAAAGAAGUAGCCAAAGAAGUUACUCCAGAAAAAGAAGUUGUGAAAGAAGUUACACCUGAAAAAGAAGUUGUAAAAGAAGUUACACCAGAAAAAGAAGCAGUGAAAGAAGUCUCACCAGAAAAAGAAGCAGUGAAAGAAGUUUCACCUGAAGAAAAAGAAGUCAAGAAGGGUGUAACUGAGUUGAUUGCUGUAACGAAGAUGAUUACAGAAAUUUCCGAGGUAUAUAAAGAAGAGGCAGUGACCGAGGUACACAAAGAAGCAGUGACCGAGGUACACAAAGAAGAGGCAGUGACCGAAGCCUUAACUGUCGACGUAACAGGAGAGACAGUGGACACUAUUCUCUCUUUAUCACCCAAAAGUGACAUCUCAGUUAGUGCCAAGAGUGAUGUCAGCACCAGAGACAUCGCCGAAGUUCCACGUGACAUUACGAAAGAGAUCGAGGAAGUGGUGGAAGUGGAAAGAAAGAAACUCGUGCUUCAGAUUAGUACUGUAAGUGUUACAGACGUUCUUGACAAAGAUGAGAAAGUUGUUGUAUCCCCUAGUGACUUAAGUAUUGGUAGUGAGGUUAGCAUUACAGACAAAGAAGGCCUCGUAACUGCAGAAGCUGAACUAACUAAAGCUCCUGAAUCUCCAAAGAGCGACAUAUGUGAGAGCGUGAAGAGCGGUGUGAGUGCUAGAAGCGACAUCAGUGAGAGAAAACUAGAAGAUAGAUCCAUAGAACUAGAAGAUAUUUCUAAGGCAUCAGAAGCCGCCCCUGUCUCCCCUAAGAGUGAUAUUUCAGUCAGUGCCAAGACUGAUGUUAGUCAGGCGUCUGAGAUAAGUGAGAGGAGAGUAGAAGCCACAAAAGAAAUACCUCUUAAGGUCGAUAUUAUCCAAGAUUUACCUGUUAGUUUUAUAACAGAGGAUAUUACCGUUAAGGAUAUUACAGAGGUUACCAAAGAAGUGAAAACAGAGAAGAAAUCAGAGGAAGAAGUUUCUCUGUCACCCAAGAGUGACAUCUCCGUCAGUGUAAAGAGUGAUGUCAGUUCAAAGGAAGCAAAGGAAGAUAUAUCAAAGAAAUCGAUAGAAGAAGCACCAGUUUCUCCAAAGAGUGACAUCUCUGUGAGUGCAAAGAGUGAUGUCAGUUCUAAGGAAGUAAAGGAGGACAUUCUAACAAUUGAUGUCACUAAAAAAUCUAUUGAAGAAGCUCCUAUUUCUCCUACGAGUGACAUCUCUGUGAGUGCAAAGAGUGAUGUUAGCUCAAAGGAAGCAAAGGAAGAUAUAUCAAAGAAAUCCACAGAAGAAGCCCCACUUUCUCCAAAGAGUGACAUCUCCGUCAGUGCAAGGAGUGACAUCUCUGUGAGUGCAAAGAGUGAAGUCAGUGCAAAGGAUACUAAAGAGGAUAUGCUAAAAAUUGACAUCACUAAAGAACCCAAAGAAGAAAUUCCACUUUCUCCAAAGAGUGACAUCUCUGUGAGUGCAAAGAGUGACAUCAGCUCAAAGAGUGCUAAAGAAUCUGUUAGCAAAGUCGAAGAAGUGCCUUUAUCACCUAAGAGUGACAUUUCUGUUAGCAUAAAGAGCGAUGUCAGCUCAAAGAAGGAAGAACUUAAAGUAGAUGUCAGUAAGAAAGAGCCAGAAGAAGUGCCUGAAUCUCCCAAGAGUGACUUAGCUCCAAGUAUUAAGAGUGAACCAAGUUCAAAGAAAUCUGUCGAUGAAGCUCCCUUGUCUCCUAAGAGUGACAUCUCUGUAAGUGCAAAGAGUGACGUCUCUGUCAGUGCAAAGAGUGAUGUCAGUUCUAAAGAAGUUAAAGAGGACAUCCUAACAAUUGACAUCACUAAAAAACCUACUGAAGAGGCACCAGCUUCUCCUAAGAGUGACAUCUCUGUGAGUGCAAAGAGUGACAUCUCUGUCAGUGCAAAGAGUGAAGUCAGUUCAAAGGAGGCCAAAGAAGGCAUUCUUGAAGCUGAUGUCACUAAAAAACCAUCUGUAGAAGAACCAGUUUCACCUAAGAGUGACAUCUCUGUUAGUGCCAAGAGCGACGUCAGUUCAAAGGAGGCUAAAGAAGGCUUGCUGAUAAUUGAUAUUACAGAAAAACCAACCGAAGAAGCACCAGUUUCUCCGAUCAGUGACAUCUCGAUCAGUGCAAAGAGUGACAUCUCCGUCAGUGCGAAGAGUGAUGUUAGUUCAAAGGAAGCAAAGAAAUCAGCAGAAGAGGCUCCACUUUCCCCUAAAAGUGACAUCUCUGUUAGUGCCAAGAGCGAUGUCAGCUCUAAGGAGGCCAAAGAAGGUUUACUAAUAAUUGAUGUCACAGAAAAACCAACUGAAGAAGCCACACUUUCUCCUAAGAGUGACAUCUCUGUGAGUGCAAAGAGUGAUAUCAGCUCUAAGGAAGUAAAGGAAGACAUCAUAUCAAUUGAUGUAACUAAAAAAUCUCUUGAAGAAGCUCCAGUUUCUCCAAAGAGUGACAUCUCUGUAAGUGCAAAGAGUGACAUCUCUGUCAGUGCAAAGAGUGAUGUCAGCUCAAAAGAAGCAAAGGAAGAUAUAUCAAAGAAAUCCACAGAAGAAGCCCCACUUUCUCCAAAGAGUGACAUCUCCAUCAGUGCAAAGAGUGACAUCUCUGUGAGUGCAAAGAGUGAAGUCAGUGCAAAGGAUACUAAAGAGGAUAUGCUAAAAAUUGACAUCACUAAAGAACCCAAAGAAGAAAUUCCACUUUCUCCAAAGAGUGACAUCUCUGUGAGUGCGAAGAGUGACAUCAGCUCAAAGAGUGCUAAAGAAUCUGUCAGCAAAGUCGAAGAAGUGCCUUUAUCACCUAAGAGUGACAUUUCUGUUAGCAUAAAGAGCGAUGUCAGCUCAAAGAAGGAAGAACUUAAAGUAGAUGUCAGUAAGAAAGAGCCAGAAGAAGUGCCUGAAUCUCCCAAGAGUGACUUAGCUCCAAGUAUUAAGAGUGAACCAAGUUCAAAGAAAUCUGUCGAUGAAGCUCCCUUGUCUCCUAAGAGUGACAUCUCUGUCAGUGCAAAGAGUGAUGUCUCUGUCAGUGCAAAGAGUGAAGUCAGUUCAAAGGAAGCAAAGGAAGAUAUAUCAAAGAAAUCGAUAGAAGAGGCCCCAAUUUCUCCUACGAGUGACGUCUCUGUGAGUGCAAAGAGUGAUGUCAGUUCUAAAGAAGCUAAGGAGGACAUCCUAACAAUUGACAUCACUAAAGUACCUACUGAAGAAGCACCAGUUUCUCCUAAGAGUGACAUCUCUGUGAGUGCAAAGAGUGACAUCUCUGUCAGUGCAAAGAGUGAUGUCAGUUCAAAAGAAGCAAAGGAAGAUUUAUCAAAGAAAUCGAUAGAAGAAGCCCCAGUUUCUCCUAAGAGUGAUAUCUCUGUGAGUGCAAAGAGUGAAGUCAGUUCUAAGGAUAUUAAGGAGGACAUCCUAACAAUUGGCAUCACUAAAAAGCCUACUGAAGAAGCACCAGUUUCUCCUAAGAGUGACAUCUCUGUGAGUGCAAAGAGUGAUGUUAGUUCAAAGGAAGCAAAGAAAUCAGAAGAAGCCCCACUUUCUCCAAGGAGUGACAUCUCUGUGAGUGCAAAGAGUGAUGUCAGUUCUAAGGAAGCAAAGGAAGAUCUAUCAAAGAAAUCGAUGGAAGAGGCCCCAGUUUCUCCGAGGAGUGACAUCUCUGUGAGUGUAAAGAGUGAUGUCAGUUCUAAGGAAGCGAAGAAAUCAGAAGAAGCCCCACUUUCUCCAAGGAGUGACAUCUCUGUGAGUGCAAAGAGUGAUGUCAGUUCUAAGGAAGCAAAGGAAGAUCUAUCAAAGAAAUCGAUGGAAGAGGCCCCAGUUUCUCCUAGGAGUGACAUCUCUGUGAGUGCAAAGAGUGAUGUCAGUUCUAAGGAAGCGAAGAAAUCAGAAGAAGCCCCACUUUCUCCAAGGAGUGACAUCUCUGUGAGUGCAAAGAGUGAUGUCAGUUCUAAGGAAGCAAAGGAAGAUCUGUCAAAGAAAUCGAUGGAAGAGGCCCCAGUUUCUCCUAGGAGUGACAUCUCUGUGAGUGCAAAGAGUGAUGUCAGUUCUAAGGAAGCGAAGAAAUCAGAAGAAGCCCCACUUUCUCCAAGGAGUGACAUCUCUGUGAGCGCAAAGAGUGAUGUCAGUUCUAAGGAAGCAAAGGAAGAUCUAUCAAAGAAAUCGAUGGAAGAGGCCCCAGUUUCUCCUAGGAGUGACAUCUCUGUGAGUGCAAAGAGUGAUGUCAGUUCUAAAGAAGCGAAGAAAUCAGAAGAAGCCCCACUUUCUCCAAGGAGUGACAUCUCUGUGAGUGCAAAGAGUGAUGUCAGUUCAAAGGAAAUCAAGGAUCAAAUUCCUGUACUGGAGAAGCCACUGGAUCGCAUGGUAUCUCCAGGUAGUUAUGUCUCCGUCAGUAUGAGAAGUCACAUUGUUCGUGCAGAUUUCAUGGAAACUUUAACUAUUGAUGUCCCAAAAGAACCUGUUGAAGCAGUGAGCCUCUCUCCAAAGAGUGAUGUUUCCACUAGUAUAAGUGAUAUCAGCUCUAAGGAACCUCAAGAGGGUAUCUUGAAGAUUGAUGUAUCUAAGAAAACACUGGAAGAAGUCCCUGUCUCUCCCAAGAGUGAUGUCUCUGUUAGCAUUAAGAGUGACAUUAGCUCGAAGAGUAAAGCCGAAGAGGCCCUUGUUUCUCCACGAAGUGAUGUUUCUAUCAGCGUGAAGAGUGAUGUGAGUUCAGUAAGCAUUAAGAAGGAAGAACUUGCAAUAGACAUUACCAAGGAAAAAGUACCAAAAUCUCCAGAGAGUGACGUUGCAUCUAGUGUCAAGAGUGAGCCUAGCUCGAAGGAUGUCUCUAAGAAAUUACCCGAGGAAGCUCCUACAUCUCCUAAGAGCGAUAUUUCUGUUAGUGAGAAGAGUGAAAUUAGCAGAAAGAGUGAUAUAAGCCGGAAGAGUGAUGUAAGUGCAAAGAGUGAUGUCGCUCCCAAAGUAGAUAUUACUUCAGAAAAAGAAGAAGAGCCAAGAACCUACCCAGAAUCAAGAGUUGUGGAAGAACCUGUUUACAGAAUCCUAAAGGAAGAACGAGCUGAGCUUGUUACGGUCUCUCCCGACACAACUCCUGGCUCAACACCUCUCUCACCUACUGCUCGUGAGAUAGGCUUAGCUGGAAUCUCUCUUGUGUCAACACUACAGAAAGAUCAACUGGAUCUCAUGACAUCCUCUAUUUAUGAGGAAUCUACGUCCACUCUUAAAUCAGCACCUGAGGAUAUGCCUGAUGUCAGCCAGUCCAAGGAGCUUGAACCUGAAAGAGAUAUGAUGACUACGUCUGUGCACAGAGAAUAUGAUGCAAUGACGACUUCCAUUUAUGAACCAAGCCAAGAUAUUAUGAUGUCUUCCAUGUACGGAGAUGAUUUUGCUUUGCACGAAGAGCACAUUACAACAUCCGAGGAGGAAUCAACUACUGUGGCCUUUACUAGAGUUAAGAAAACCGAAGAUAUUAUGUCAACUUCUGUGUAUGGCAGCCUUGAUGAUCGGGAAUAUGAUGAAAGCAUUUUGAAGUCUGUUGAUGAUAUGACAUCUCCUCGCAGUGUUACAUUUGGAAAGACCCUUGAGGUGGCUGUUGACGAUAGUGAACCACCGCGAGUGUCAGAACCAGAUAUCGAGAGCUAUCCUCCAAUUUCCCCCCGAAGUGAUCUCUCCUCUGGAGUGUAUCACAUGACUUCCAUUUCUCCUCGUAGCGAUGGGUAUGAAGCUGAGUUAAGUGGUCAGUUUGAGGAACGUGAUGAUGACCAGGCGCCAUCGUCUCCCCGUUCAGACAUCUCGUCGAUAUCAGAUAUCGUUCGCAGGGAACAGAAACAGUCCAUAAUGGACAAGAUAGUGAAGGAGACGACAAUGAUUCAUCGAGAAGUCCUAGACAGUGGUCGCUCUGUUUCACCCAAGAGUGACACCACUGUGAGUGACGUUGCAGCGAAGGAUGGCCUCGAUUCUCUUGAGUCCUUCAAGCUACAACCAGUCUUAGGCAUUGACAAAGAAGCUGACGAAGGAAAGCCACUUUCUCCACGAAGUGACAUCUCUGGAAAAGAUUCUGCCUUUGAUGAGAGAGACAAACUCUCUAGCCUUGAAAGUCAAAUACUGUCUUCUCUACCAAGUGAAACCAAAGUAACCGAAUUUGAAGUAUCUAAAUAUUCAGCUGUAUCUGAGGAAAUCCGCAAGUCAGAAAUUAGUGAAAUUGUUCAUGAAAAAUCCUCCGUAACAGAAACGAGAUUGUUGAAAGAAAUAUCAACCGAAGACAAAACUAUAAAAGUGUCUGAAACUGUUAGUGAAAGCACAAAGGGUGACAGCACUACGGUGAUGUCAGGAUUAUUGACUAGUGUAGUUAGUACAUUUGAUAGCACAAAAACCAUCAUUGACGUAUCAAAAGAUUUGUACCGAAGCACAAAGACAGAAACCACUGACGAAACCAUUACUAAAGCACCUAAGGAGCCCUCAAAACCGACAGCUGAAAUAACGCCAGAGGAAGAGAGCUCCCUAAGCUUUAGGAAGGAACAAAUUACACACACUGAAACCCAGGACGCAAUAAUGAUUUCUCCAAAGAGCGAUAUUUCGGCAAGCUCGAAAAGUGAUGUGACUUCUAUUGAUGCUAAAGAAUUACCAAAGGAUCCAUCAUUGCGAGAAGAAGAACCAAAGCCAGCAACAGAAUCGUCGGAAAGUGAAAUGUCAGAAGAGAUUUUCAAGGAAGAAUUACGGGAAACGACAAAACUUCUUACAGAGACUAUUGGAGUGAAAGAUGUAGUUGAGGGAAUCAAGACGGCUGUGACAACACAUGAGGAAUCAACUAUUAUAAAGACUUCUUUCCAAGAUUUCAAAGAAACUGCAUCUCCACCUCCCUCACCUGAAAAGUCCUCCAUUAAAACCGACCUUUCACCUUCCUCUACCGUUUCAUCGCUCCACGAAAGUGGAAUUGAAGCUGCGAAGGAAGAGAGCGUAAGUGCAGAGCCUGUUGAGCCUUCACCCGUGACAGAAAAAGAUUCACUCAAGCAUAUUCAUACCUCAUCUGUAUAUGAUUCAUCAUUAACCACAUCUAGCAUUACCACUACAUCUGUCACAGAGAAGAUAUCUUCGACAGUGAAACCUGUACUAGUCUCUCCUGACGAAGUCAAAAUGCCUGAUGUUCCCAAAGUCAAGCCAGGUGAUAUUGAUGAAGGGAAACCAUCAGAUGAUCAGACAUCUCCACAUCCACCCUCCUCUUCCUCCUCCUCCUCCUAUGGUGUUGAGGGUAUUGUGAAAGAGGUUAAGGAGACCAAGGACGUAAUACAAGCUACCUCAGUCAUCAUUGCUGAGAAGCUUGCUGCUGAAGUGGGGGAACUUACUUCAAGCAAGACACAAACUACAACCUCCGAGCAUGUGUCCACCGAAGAGUACAAGUCUGUCACUGCCAUUACUGAUAAGUCUAGUUCUGUUAAGAAAUCUAUAGUAGAAUCUACACAGGAAACCCACAUUAUGGAUAGCGAGGAAGUUAGUACAAUUGACACAUACCAAGAACCUACAACUGUUACUAGGACUAUUAUUAGACGAGUCAUCAUUGAUGGGGAACCUGAUGAACAGGUUGAGACGUUCGAAGAGCCUUCUGAUUCUCAGAUAAUUACUAAAAGAAUUGUUAAGCGAACUGUAGUCAGCGGUGGUGAGCCAACUGAAACAGUUGAAACAUAUGAAGAACCAGUUGAAGGAGAAACUGUUACAAGAACUAUUAGAACUAUUAUUAGAAGAGUGAUUGUUGAUGGAGAACCAACAGAAACUGUGGAAACUAUUGAAGAACCUUCUGUUUCUCCAACUGUUACUAGGAGAACUAUUAGGCGAACCAUCGUCAGUGGUGAACCAACAGAGACUGUUGAAUCGUACGAAGAACCUCUUGAAAGAGAAACUGUUAAGAGAACCAUAAUAAGGCGAGUCAUUGUCGAUGGAGUACCAACAGAGACUGUAGAAACAGUUGAAGAACCCGAGUCUCCAACUGUUGCUACAAGAACUGUUAGGCGAACCGUCGUCAGCGGCGAACCAACAGAGACUGUUGAAUCAUACGAAGAACCUCUUGAAAGAGAAACUGUUAAGAGAACCAUAAUAAGGCGAGUCAUUGUCGAUGGAGUACCAACAGAGACUGUAGAAACAGUUGAAGAACCCGAGUCUCCAACUGUUACUACAAGAACUGUUAGGCGAACCGUCGUCAGCGGCGAACCAACAGAGACUGUUGAAUCAUACGAAGAACCUCUUGAAAGAGAAACUGUUAAGAGAACCAUAAUAAGGCGAGUUAUUGUCGAUGGAGUACCAACAGAGACUGUAGAAACAGUUGAAGAACCCGAGUCUCCAACUGUUACUACAAGAACUGUUAGGCGAACCAUCGUCAGUGGCGAACCAUUAACUGAAGAAACUGAAUCAUUCGAAGAACCACUGGAAAGGGAAACUGUUAAGAGAACCAUAAUAAGGCGAGUCAUUGUCGAUGGAGUUCCAACAGAGACUGUAGAGACAGUUGAAGAACCCGAGUCUCCAACUGUUACUACAAGAACUGUUAGGCGAACCGUCGUCAGCGGCGAACCAACAGAGACUGUUGAAUCAUACGAAGAACCUCUUGAAAGAGAAACUGUUAAGAGAACCAUAAUAAGGCGAGUCAUUGUCGAUGGAGUACCAAUGGAGACUGUAGAAACGGAUGAAGAACCCGAGUCUCCAACUGUUACUACAAGAACUGUUAGGCGAACCAUCGUCAGUGGCGAACCAACAGAGACUGAUGAAUCAUUCGACGAACCCGUAGAAGGGGAAACUAUUAAGAGAACUAUCCUUAGGCGAGUUAUUGUCGAUGGAGUACCAAUGGAGACUGUAGAAACAGAUGAGGAACCUGAGUCUCCGACUGUUACUACAAGAACUGUUAGACGAACCAUCGUCAGUGGCGAACCAGGUGAAGCACUUGAAUCAUACGAAGAACCCUUGGAAGGGGAAACUAUUAGAAGAACUAUUAUUAGGCGUGUCAUUAUUGAUGGGGUUCCAACAGAGACUGUGGAAACGGUAGAAGAACCUGUUUCCCCAUCUGUUACUACAAAAACUGUUAGGCGAACCAUCGUUAGUGAAGAACCAAGUGAGACAGUUGAAACAUACGGAGAAACUUCAGAGGAGGAAACUGUUACAAGAACUAUUGUAAGGAAAGUGACUGUUGAAGGUGAACCAGGAAAAACUGUUGAAAGCUUCGAGGAACCUUCAACAGAAGGAACAGUUACAAAGAGAACUGUUAUUAGAAGAGUGAUUGUUGAUGGAGAACCAACAGAAACUGUAGAAACUAUUGAGGAACCUUCUGUUUCUCCAACUGUUACUACGAGAACCGUUAAGCGAACCAUCGUCAGCGGUGAACCAACAGAGACUGUUGAAUCAUAUGAAGAACCUCUUGAAAGGGAAACUGUUAAGAGAACCAUUAUUAGGCGAGUCAUUGUCGACGGAGUACCAACAGAGACUGUAGAAACAGUUGAAGAACCUGGUUCUCCAUCUGUUACUACAAGAACUGUUAGGCGAACCAUCGUCAGUGGCGAACCAACAGAGACUGUUGAAUCAUACGAAGGAGCCAUGGAAGGUGAAACUAUCACAAAAACAAUAAUCAGGAAAACAACACUUGAAGGUGAACCAAGAGAAAUAAGUGAAAGUCUUGACGAACCGACUGACGAGACCAUUACAAAGAGAACGAUUGUUAGAAGAACUAUUGUUGAUGGUGAGUCCAAGGAAAGUGUUGAGUCAGUGGAAGAACCUGUAGAGUAUGUAACUACGAAAACAGUUAAGCAUUCGCUUGUCAGUGGUAUUGAACCAACAGAGAAAGUUGAAACCUAUGAGGAUCCUACCACAGGUGAAACUGUGACAAGAACCAUAAUUAGAAGGACCAUUAUUGAAGGUGAACCAAGAGAAACAGAAGAGACGACUAAAGAGCCUUCUGACUCUCAUACUUAUACAACAAGAACUGUCAAGCGUAUCAUCGUGAGUGGUGGUGAACCAACACAGCCAGAUGAGUCUUUGGAAGAGAAACCUUCAGGUGAGACACUUACCAGGAGAACAAUUAUCCGAAGAACCAUUGUCGAUGGAGAACCAACAGAGACUGUAGAAACUGUGGAAGAACCUUCCGAGACACCAUCUUAUACUACUAGAACUGUUAGGCGAACCAUCAUCAGUGGAGGUGAACCAACAGAAACAGUUGAGACUUACGAGGAGCCUUCAGCAGAAGAAACUGUCACAAGAACAACGGUGAGAAGAGUAAUAGCUGAGGGUGAACCAAAAGAAACCUUUGAAAGUGAAGAAGCAUCCGAGUCAGAAACUGUAACUAGCACAACUACUGUCAAACGAUCCAUUGUCAGCGGUGGCGAGCGAAGAGAGACGUUUGAAACACAAGAGGGUCCCUUAGACAGUGAAUUCGUUACAAGAACAAUUGUCAGGAGGACAAUUGUUGAUGGUAAACCCACAGAGACAGUCGAGACCAUUAGGGAGCCUGCUGACACUGAAGGCAUGACUACAACCACAACAACAACAGUAAAGCGUACUGUCAUCGGCAGCGGUGAUAAAAUGGAGGUGACAAAACUAGGCGAGGAAUCAUCAGAUGAUUCUGUAACUACAAGAACCACUAUAAAACGAACCUUUAUUAGUGGUGGUGAACCCACUGAAACCGUUGAGACACAUGGAGCUCCUGUUGAUGACGGCUCUGUAACAACUAGCACCAGAAUAACAAAGUAUGUCACAAGUGAAGGCAAGGCCAAGGAGGCAUAUGAAGUCUCGGAAGAAACAGAGAAAUCUACUUUCUCGAAAUCCACGGCAGAAAUGGUUCAAGAAGAUAUCAGAAGUUCUAGGGAAUCUGUCUCGACAGUUGAUGAGCCUAUAACUCAUGAGGGUCAUCGACUUGGAGCUGUCAGGAAGUCAUCAACUAGCAGUACUGAAGGCACACCUGGAAGCCCCAGAACGGGUCGAGUUGUAGUAAGAAAGGUUACGACGGUAAUUACCAAGUAUUAUGACGAUGGCGAGGAAGUGGAGAUGGAAGAACUACCAGGGGAAGAAGUGGUUGAAGUACUUGGUGAUCAAAUGGUUUCUGAAGAUAUCCUGCGAAAGAUAUCAGGAUCAGCUUCACAGUCUCCAAUCAGCGGCAGGAAGUUCUCAGGCCAUAGUAUUCCAGGAACUUCAAUGGCCUAUACAACAACACAUUCACUGUGUGGACCCUGGACAAGUGACGAAUCGUUGAGUGGCGAGCCAACAGUUGUAACUCGUACCACUCGCACUACAAGAGGCGAUAGUGAUACAGAUGGCUCUGAGGAAAUUGUAACUAGCACAGUUACUAGAGUAACACGCCGGUUGAUGAGUGAUGAUGCCUCUGACAAAGACGACAGACCUCGCUCAGCCAGUAGCGACACAAGUGGUCAAGAUCCAUUCCCACCACCUCAGAAAGGACUCUCUGAUGUAAAAGAAGAUGUUCCAGUCACAGUUGCCAGUGCUGGAAUUCCAUCAUUUAGUACGCAGUUUGGUGCUACUGGAAUGCAGUACCAGGAAGAAUACGAUGACGAACCUGUGUAUGAGUACCAUCCACCUGCUGGUGCACAGCAGCUUGAGCAGUUUAUGUAUGCCGACCAAGAAGGUGACUUUGACAAUGGAAAUCUUCCAUCACGAGCGAGGGAACCAUCAGCCUCUGAAGCAGAAGAUAAAUUAAACAGGAACCAGACCUGGAAAACGUCUAUGGCAACCUCAAAGAGCUCAACAUCCACCACAGUGACUACCACCACCACUUCAACAGCUAAGGAUGCCAAAGAUACUUUACAACAAUGGGGUAAACCACUUGGGCUCCCAUCUCCUGUGCCACUCCCUACUCCUCUUCCACCUUCUGACAGUCCCAAGCCUCCAAGUCCUCGUAAAGAACGAAGGACAAGCAGAAGAUCCAAGAGGCUAGGACCACCAAUCUACCUUGACCUAGCAUAUGUGCCUCAUGCAGCCAACCCCAACUACACCAACGCAGACUUUUUCAGGAAAGUGCGAGCGAGAUACUACGUCUUCUCUGGCAUCGACCCUGGCAGGGAGGUGCUCGACGCGCUUCUUGAAGCAAAGAUAGAAUGGGAAGAUAAAGAUAUGGAAGUAACCAUCAUUCCCACGUAUGACACCGACGCCCUGGGAUACUGGGUUGCUGCUAACGAGGACGCUCUCAUCGCUAACAAGAUCGACCUGGCUCCGUCUGCUUCCCGCUGUACUAUCAAUCUACAGGACCAUGAGACCAGCUGCAAUGCUUACCGUCUCGAGUUCUGAGCAAGUUGCUCACUACUAAAUCUGAUAGCUAGGUCAAUGUAAUUUAUCUCUGCUAGUGAAUCCAGUCUAUAUCUACAAGUGAGUCCAGAACGUCUAGAUAUUCGAGUGAAUCCGGAACGACUAUAUAUUUAUAUAUUCGAGUGAAUCCGUAAAGUCUACAUCUACAAGUGAAUCCGGAAAAUCAGUAUAUUCAAGUUAAUCUGAAACAUCUAUAGUUACAUGGGUAUCAGGAAUGACUAUAAUGCUAGUGAAUCCGGACACUUACAUUUAUAAAGGUUUUUAUACGUCUAUUUACAAGUGUGUCUGGAUAUCUAUUUGUACAAGUGAGUCUGGGUACAUAUCUACAAGUGAAUCCAAACACCUAAAGUUACAAAGAAAUCUAGACUCCAACAUCUAGAAGUGAUUCUAAACUGCUAUAUCUACAGAUAAAUAUGCAGUGAUUCCUGAGACCUAAAAAUAUAUGUAGUUCUGGACACUGAAAGGAAUCUGAACUGCCUAUAUUUGUAAACUCGAACACGUAUCUACAACAGAAUGCAGACAAACAUACUAACAAGUGAAUCCGGACCCUUUAGAGUGAAUCUUGAAUCUGAAUCUUACCCGUUAGUGACUUUAGAAGACCUCUUUCUCCAUAUAUACACAUGUGGAGUAUCAAUCUCUGUUAAUAAUUCCGUUAAAGCUGCAAAUACACCCAGAAUAUCUACAUCUACACGUAUUUAUUACGUCUACAAGUAACUCAAGAGGAUCCAUAUCUAUAGAAAGUAUCUUCGGAAUGUCAACAUCCCGAAGGAACUCCAGAACAUCGACGCCCAAGUGUGACUCCGGUGUGUUGGGGUUUCCACUUCAGCACCCGCUUCCCCUGCUGCCUUCCAAGAGAACUUCGAGCUCUUACCAAGCCGUCUGAGUCCCCUACCCUGGUAGUCCUAAAUUAGCCCAGCAGAAUAUUUUUCAUUGACUGUCUCGUAGGUAUCCCACUGCUUCGUGGGGUGCUGUGUGUAGAUUCUACUACAGUCAAGUAGACAUUUUUUGAAACAUUUGUAGAUCCUUGAUGGUGGAUUUUCUACAUUUGCAUUCAUAAGGAUUAAUGCUAAUUAAUGAAAAGGAACUGUUUUUUAUGUAUUACUCAGUCGUGUAAUUAUGUCAAUAGUCAUAUAUUGAUUAUAUCAAUAGUAGUAUAAAUAGAAAAAUAUUCCGUUACAAGGAGAUUACUGAAGAUGGCCUUGUGUUAUAUACUUAUUAGAGUGAUCUAUGAUAGAUUACUAACCAGAUUUUGACACUUCUGACCAGACCAUUUUUAAAACCUCGAAUUCCACUAAACUCAGUCACUGAGAAUACUAAGUACGGAUAUGUCUAAGGAUAUAGUGAUCGUCAGUCUAUCUGAAAGUGACUUAAGAUUGUAAAUGAACACUCCUGCGAUCGAAUAGGGCUCAGCAAUAUGCAUUUUCAACUAUUUUACUUAAUAGAAUUAUUCUACUAAUUCAGCGUGAUAAUACUGCAGUUAUAGCUAGUCCGUGUUGCUAACAUGGCUAGAGGGAGGUUGCUCACUUUGUAAAUUAUAAUGUUACGAAAACUGUCCUUGACAGUAAUCAGCUAUAUAGAAUAUAAGGCGAAUAUUAAAAACAAAAAGUUAAAAAUGUCUUUGUUAUAUGUAUACUAGUAGUUUAUAAAAGCAGGGUGAUGAGAGCGAGCCUAUUUUUUUUUUUUUUUAGGCUAGGCUGAAUGGUUGAGAAAAAGCAGUAUCUUUCUUCCAAGAGAUGAGUGUUUGGGAGUAAAGGAGUGAAUGAGAAGCUAACGACCUAUAAAUAUAUACUGUAUAUCUUGAAACAAGUCUCUAGCGUCCACACAGUCAGUACUGAUCAAUUUGACACACAGAUUCACAUUUUUUCUGUAAGAUGGCUCCCGUUGUGACGGAGGUGAUAGCAUGGGUCCGCUUUGUCAGUCGAUAGCAAGAACUGUGACUUAUGUUGAUGACGAGUACUCUUGUGUUAACAGUGUACUCAAAGCUUUUUCUGUAUAUGCUAAGUGUUAAUUGAGAGUAUGAAUGUCUUUCGUGAUUUCUGACGUAAAGCUUAUACACAUUUCUUGCUUUUAGUAUUAUUUUUAUUAUUUGAUGCCAUCCGCUCCUUUCAAAUACUGUGCAUUCCAUAAAAAAAUCUAUAAAAAUGAAAAACAAAAGAGAGAGUUUGAAGAGCAGACUGACAGAAGGAGAGCAUAACGUGCUCUCUCGUACUGGUGCUAAACUAAUAGCCUUGCGAGCUGCAAAGUGCCAUGCACAGUCCGCUAUGAGGCACUAGGAGCCAUGGGGGUGGCUCUGAAGCCCAGGAGCUUGUGUAUGACAUUUGCUCGUCAAGGGGUUGAGCACGUUGAUAUGCCUUUCAAGUUCUGCAAGCUUCAUUAUGACAAAUUUUGGGCGUGUAAAACCUUGUUUCGGAGACACUGCUAGGGAAUCAUCGCGACUUUUUAACAAGUCAAUUUUAAUGACUUUAUAUUAAUGGUCAAACUGCCAGCAAUGCUUGUUCACAUGGAGUGAUUGACUUCAUCAUUUAAUUGAAUGAGUAAUUAAUCCCCCCUAGAAGUGUCUCUAAAAUUGUGGUUAUGGCCAUGUCCAUAGGCACAUGCCUCCUCUGGUUACCACAGAAACUUGAUGUAAACAGAUCUUUAAGAUCUUUCUCUGUUCCUUGAAGACAAGUCCUACCAGUGUAGGAUCAGUCACUGUCGAAGCCACCCACAGAAACUAAUUGCCUGUCAUUUCCACGUGCGCCGAAGAGAGAAAAAAUAUAUAAAUGCAGGUGUUAUUUCUGCGGUCUGGUGGUUUAUGAUAGGGUCAGUGAGAAAAACUUUGUGGUAGAAGCCAGGUUAUGUGAACUCUCCAAAUGGUCAAAUGUUUUAUGUGAUUGCUUUAGGUGCUUAUUGGCAAACCAGACGCAUUCUUGUCCCUGAGCUUAUUGAUUGGGAAACCAAAAAAGCUUCUUGCCCUUUGCUAAGUUAAUGCAGAAUCUUUGUCCGUUAUGGUCAAUACCGGGUUGAGUUUGCCACUAUGAAUGAUAAAUACAGAGGCUAAAUUGUUGCCGUUUCCCGACUGUGUUAAAGAGAGCUCAGAUAAACUAUUGUAUCUUGAUCCCUUUGACACAAUGUAAGUGUUCUUACAUCUCGUCUGAGAACUUGCCUGUUUGUGAAUGAGGAACUUGGUAUAAGUGGGAUUCUUUUUAUUAUUUAUGACAUUGUGCCCCUGGGUGAUAUCCUAUAUUAGAAGUUAAUGAGUGGCGAGUCACUCUUUUCAAAUUUAAUCUUUAAUAAGGUUGAAUGAAAUGUGAUAUGAUAAUCAUAUAUAUUUAAGCUGUUAUAUUACAAGUGGUGGCGUGGACUAUUGAAAGAGGAUAUUAGGAGAUUACUAAAACGUGUACAGUGGCUUUUAGUCAUUUCUGUCAUAACCACCGCUGAUCCUGUACCGAUUUUCUGUUAACAGUCUUGAAGUAAAGAGCUUUCCGUAGACCCUCGAACGUCAGCAUUCCGACCAUAUCUCUUUUGUCGCUCUCAGCACUAUGAGUUUUGCAUCUAUGACACGGCCACUGCCUCUUCAAAUAAUUCAGCGUUUCAGGGUCUUCAGUAAAGCUCUUAAUAUUCCUGAUUUCCAGGCUUUAUUAUAUUAUAUCCAGCCUGUGCACUUUGUCGUGUGUUAAAAGAAAAUAUAUAUAAAUAUAUAUCUACGACGAUAUGCGUGGUAACUCUGGCAAUUAUUUUGUAGAGUUUACUAUCUGGCUAUAUUGUAAUGAAAGUCAUCCCUAUUGAACGAUUGCCAAUGGUUACCAUCGCUGGUGUCGUCCGGGCCAUAUUUUUGAGGAACUUUCGUCCAGAUGCGCAAACGUACCUGUCUAGCAGACGCUGGAUUUUUUUGCUAUUGAAGCUCGAGUGUUUAAGUCGUCAGGUGAUUUUUUUUUCUUCUUCUGUACCAGAGGAUACACACCUGAGGAGAUAAACACUCACAGCUUCUUGCCAGAAGUCCUGCUGAAACCUGAAAGGUGACGUUGGUGCUUCACGGUCAGCAGUUACAAAGAUAGGGCCCCAUCAUGUAGUUUCCUGCUUAAUGCUUCUUGCUCCAUGUCCCGUUACCUCUAGUCAAAACAACUAGAAGUCUAGAAAAGAAAAAUCAUGAACUCUCUGCUGACACCUAUUAUGUGACUUGUUUGGCUAUUUUGGCUCUCGUAUAGUUCACUAUGGUUCAUUUUCACUACUUUGUAAAUAGGAAAAUAAACCCUAUUGUAACUCCAUUUUGGGUUCUUAAUUGCUGGCCUUGUCACUAAUAUUACGCAUAUGUAUGGGAAAUCCUGUGACAUUAAAAGUAGAAUAAAACUUUAA